GUGUCUCGUCCAUGUAACGGGUAUCAUUGAAAUAGAAAGAAAGCUUUAACAUUUUCACGAUAAUAUCUUUUACAAAGAUCUUCGAGAUCUAUCCAUCGAACUGAAUCGCCUAGUUUCUCUGUUGAAUAUAUUUUUCAACUUUUACGUAAAAGAAAAAUUCUCUUCCCACGUGGGGAAAGUGCACGUUGGGACCAAUGAGAAGUCGAAUAUUCUGAACAAAAACACACUGGAACAUGACGAAGAAGAACGACGAGGGCUGUGCUUGAAAAAUAGAGAGAGAGAGACAGACAGACAGAGAGAGAAAGAGAACGACAAAGUCGAUCGGAGAAAAAAAGAAAGAAAACUUGCAAUAUAUAUAUAUAUAUACAUAUACAUAUAGAGAGAGAGAGAGAGAGAGAGAGAGAAAGAUAUUAUAUAUAUAUACGUAUACAGAGAUAGAAAGAGAGAGAAGGAUAUAUAUAUAUAUGUAGUGUAUAAGAGAAAAGAAGACAGAGGCGCCAGUGCCGAAGCUUUAUCUUUAUUAUGCGCCGCUAAAGUGAAUUGUCAAGUGAAAUCAGAAAUGGCUGCCAACGAACAACAACGUAAGAAAUUAAAGAAGAAUUUCGCGAUGAAGCUUUUUUUUGGAGAUUGAUGUAACGUCAAGAAAAAAACAAAAGAAAGAACAAAAAAUACAGAUCAGCUGGCACACAAAAUGGAACCCAAAGAUUGGCGAGAACCGGCUCAUCAUGCAAGAAGACCAAUGAAUGCAUUCUUAAUUUUUUGUAAGCGACAUAGAGGAUCUGUACGAUCUGGAUUUCCACACUUAGAAAAUCGUGCGGUUACAAGAGUUCUUGGAGAAUGGUGGGCAACACUUAAUCCAGAUCAAAAACGUACCUAUAAGAAUUUAGCACAGGAGUACAAAGAUGCCUUCUUAAAAGCGAACCCUGAUUUCAAAUGGUACAAGUUACCAGCUCCUCCUUUACGUACUUUUGCUACAAGACCUACAAAUAAAAAGCAAGAAAUAGAAACCGUGGACCAGGCUACAGAAAGUGUCAAAUCCGAAUACGAGUCUUCCGAUUAUACAAAUUCAGAUAAUAAAGAUGGUCAGGCCAUACAGCCAGGCAAGUUAGCAGACGAAUCUCAAAUUGGUGGCCUUAGCUCUCUUUUUACUCCGCAAAAGGUGCAAUUAACCGAAGAGCAAUUAACGACUCACAAUGAUGUUCCUGAAAAAGAAGUUACAGCACCAAAACCCCCUAAAAAGAGAAAUCCAGAAUUGCUUCUUGCUCUUGAACAUAAAAACGAAUGCAAAGUUGAUCUUUUUAAUGAAAAGAAAAGGAAGCAUUCUGAAUCAAAUAACAAUGAACAACAUACAACGCAUAUAGAAAAACACGUGGCAAACUCAUUCCUGGACUCAAAUGCUAAUUCUGAAGAAAACAAUUACAGAGGUGAAAGAACUUGCAAAGGAUUACGGUAUCAAAAAUUUUUAGCUGAACAUAUUAGGCAUAUUGGACCAUCUGGACAAAAUAAUAAACGAAAAAAAUCAACAACGUCGUAUAGUCCUGAAGGGCGAAUAAAUGAGAGAAGAAAUUCCAUAUCUUCCAACAUUAGUGAAAAAACUGAUUCUUUAAGUAGCGAAGGUGGAAAUAGUUCACGUGGUGAACUAGAACAUUUAGUAGAAAGUGCUGAAGGAAAUAUGAAAGCUUCAAAACCGGAAGAAACAGAAACGGAAGAUGCAGAAAGUGAAGUGGAUUUUGGACCUUGGACAACACGUAAAAGAUUUCGUGCUGAGGAUUUUAAUUUAGAAAAAAAAAUUGAAGCUUUACCUUCCUUAAGUUUAGAAGAAUUUCAAAGAAAGAAAAAACAACAGCGUAUAAACAAGAAAAAGAUUUUGCAAAAACUGAAUACAAAUAAAUGGUGCCAUGUUAAUUUCAAUAACAGUCAAAGCAAUAGACAAAAUAAUAAAAAUGAAUUACAUACAACAGAAGACGGUGAAAAAUCACUUUUGGUAGGAAGUCAAAAAAGAAAAGCACGAAAGCAAAGCAUUACACGUAAUGCAGCAGCGACAACUACUUCCAAUAUGUCUGGAAAUCAAGAAUCAAAGACAUGGUGUGCAUCACCGGACCUGGAAGCAUUGGCAUGUCUUGCAGCGGUUGCCGCCAAUAGAACAAAACUUACCAAAAAUAAUGCUUAACUAUUGAAUCCACAAUCAUGCAUAAGUUUAAUAUUUGUGCUACACGGAACAAGGUGUUAUUAAAUUUUAUUAUCAAUAUAAUUUACUAUCACCGCAGGAUUAUUAAAGUUUCUGAUACAAGUGUUAUUAUCGUAAAAAAAAAAAAAUAUCAUAAUAUUUCUAACGUGAUUAUUAUUAUAAUUAUGGUUAUUAUUAUUAUUAUUAUAUUAUUACUACUACUAUUACUACUACUAUAACUACUACUACUACUACUACUAUUACUAUUACUAUUAUUAUUAUUAUUAUUAUUAUUAUUAUUAUUAUUAUUAUUAUUAUUAUUAUUAUUAUUAUUAUUAUUAUUGUUACUAUCUUUAAUAUUCAUUACUAAAAUUAUUUUCUUAUUAAUAUUAUCCAACCACUAUAAUGAUGAAUUCUUAAUCAUUUAAAUGUAUAGAAAAAAAUUAACUUUUUUGAUUCCAUAAAAUUGCUCCAUUAUUAUAGUAUAUAGUGGUUGAAUUAGAUUAUGUCUUUUACAUUGUGUAGCAAAGAAGUAAUUACGUUACGUUUGUAUUUUGUAGGAACAUAAAUUUUUUUUUUGUUUACAUUUCUUCUAGUUGCAUGUAAUAUUCUAUAUAAGUUGUGUAACGUUUCACGUUGAUUAAUCUUUUAUCAGGAAAUAUUUUAUAAUGUUUUAAGUUCUGUUGAUCGAUCAGCAUUUACGAAAGAGAGUAAAUGCAUCAAUUUUUAUCUACAUUUCAUAUAAGAUUCUUAAAAACUUUAUCAUAAAAAAAAAGAAAUAUAUAUAUAUAUAUAUAUAUAUAUAUAUACAUAUAUAUGUGUGUGUAUAAAUUGUAUCAAUAGCAUAUAAACGAGGAUAUAUUGUAAUAUGUUGCCUUGAAAAAUCCUCGAUAUUUCGUAACAUAAGUUGUACAAUACAGGACAGAAACAGACGAGACUUUUAUGUAUGUACCUAAACUGACUGAAGUAUAGUACUGACUUAGAAUAAAAUCUGAAUAAUGCUAUUUUUCUUAUCGAGAGACAAUGAAAGAACAAGAAGAAUUUAUGAAGAAUAUAAGAGUUUAGAAUAUAAUAAUAUAAUGAGAAAUAUUUUCACAUCAUUAAUUUUGAAUAAUAACAAAAGUAAUAAUAAUGGCACAAUUGCUGCUUUUCAAAUAUCUUUUUUUCUCGGGUUUUUCUUUUUUUUUAAUUUAUUAUUACUAUUAUUACUAUUACUAUUAUUAUUAUUAUUAUUAUUAUUAUUAUUAUUAUUAUUAUUAUUAUUAUUAUUAUUAUUAUUAUUAUUAUUAUUAUUAUUAUUAUUAUUAUUAUUAAUAUUAUUAUUAAUAUUAUUAUUAUUAUUAUUUCUAAACGAAUACUUUUCUAGAUUUUCUUUAUGUUCUAUAUAAAAGUGUGGUGUACAUAGGAAUAGGUGCAGUAUUAUGGGAAAAAAAAAUUCUUCAUGACCUGGACAUCAAAAAUCGAUGUAAUCAAAUUAAAUAUAUAUAUAUAUAGAACUAUUUACAUGUGUAUGAACACGUGUACAUGUAAAUAUACAUGCUCAAGUACAUGAACUGUUAAAAGUAUCUAAUGCAGAAAAUAUUAAUAUUACUAAAUGUAAUAAUUAGGUCUCUGCAAUAUUAUUCAGAACAUGUACAUAUGCAUGUAGGCGUGCGGUUUAAUCAUAAGACUACUUACAUAUAUACAUAUAUAUAUAUAUACACAUAUAUAUAUAUAUUACAUAUUUAUAAUAUUUAUAUCGACUAACUAUUAUAUAUUUAAUGUUAUGGCCAUGAAAAUGCGACUCUGUGCUUUGUUGGAGAAAGUAAGAGACUCGUCUGUGAUUUUGGCUAGAGAAAUUUUUAUAUUUUAUAUUUUUCUAUUGUGUUUCUCUCUCUCCCUUUUUCUGUCCUUAUAUCAUUUUAUUUUAUUGGAAACAUAAUUCUAUAUAUCUCUUAAGAAGUUUAAUGUUAUAAAAAAAUGUUUAAACAAACAA